AUGCUGCCUUCUUCCAAUUAUUCUUAUUCUCAGCAACAGAACCAGCUGCAACACCUUGAAGACCAGAAAUCACGGCUCAAUUCUUCUGAAGACCACCAAUUUCAUUCAGACAGAGACCUUGAAGAUUCAAGUAGCCAACAGUCUUCGUCUUCUAAAAAGAAGAAGAAGGCUACAAGAGCAUGCUUUCAUUGCCAAAAGGCUCAUUUAACUUGCGAUGACUCGAGACCAUGCCAGCGCUGCAUAAAGAGAGAUUUAGCAAACACAUGUACCGACGGCAUACGGAAAAGAGCGAAAUAUCUGCAAGACGCAGAGGGCUCUGGGCUGUUGGAUGAAUCACAAAUAUUCGGCUUCCCACUUGCCAAUUAUGGCUUUGGGUCUGAAACCGCCAACCUGGAGUACAGCAUCCUUUCGAACAUGUUACAGGCGCCAACCGAUGUAUUAAAACCACAAACCAAUAAUUUUGCACAGCCAUUAAUGUCUCGUCCUCUUGCUGAUGAUGAAUCGUCGGUUACUCAGCCAUCCAGUUCCGUCUCCACUCCCAUUACCGCUGCCCUUUGGCCGACCACCACUGUAUAUGCUAAUGUCAAAAGACCCUUCAGUUACGCUGAAGGAUACCACUACUUGAUUUCGUUUGUUAAGGAACGAAUGAGUCGCGAAGAUCUGAUGAGGAUUAGUCGAGCUCUUGCAUUAUUUCGACCUUCAGUGCUGGCUUCUAUGAUGAACCUUACAGAAGACGAUCUGGUCUUUACGGAAAAAAGCUUACAAAGAACUUUAUUGGAGUACGAAAAGUUAAUCAGUUAUUCGGGUACGCCAACUGUAGUAUGGCGGAGAACUGGUGAAAUCGCAUUGGUUGGAAAGGAAUUCUCGCUUUUAACGCAGUGGUCAAGGGAUAUGUUGCUUGACAAGAAAACAUAUAUAUACGAGCUUAUGAGUAACGAGUCGGCUGUGGAGUAUUGGGAAAAAUACGCAACUCACGCUUUCGAUAAUACUGACAGUGCAGUAUUUAGCUCGUGUAUACUACUUACGCCGUCUGGACGACCGAUUGCUGCUAGCAUGUGUUUUACCAUCAAGAGGGAUAUCUUUGACCUGCCUAGUGUCAUUGUUGGAAACGUACGUUAUUUAUUUUUGAUAUGA